AUGCACUGCUGCUAACCCCUGCUCCCGAUUCCCCCUCCUGAUCCGCGGAUUGCCCGUCCCCUCGUCUAGGUCUCCUCGCGAUUCUGCCCCGGGUUGUUGCAAUCUGAUCGGAUUUGUUUCGAGGGAGGGGAUCCUUCUGUUCCGCUUCGUUUUUUUGGUGGUGGUGGUGGUGGUGUGUGUGGGUUUGUUGAUCUGGAGAUGAAGGGAGGGAAAGUGGCGGCGGUGGCGGAGGAGAGGCCGGAGGAGAAAGAGAUGGACUUGCUCCUCAGCGAGAUCCCUCAAGCCACCUCGCCGCAAGGUCACCACGGCGGCGGCGGCGGCGGCGCCCAGGGCGUUGCCGUGCAUGGCUCCGCGCGCCAUCACGGGUUCGUGGCGGCACCGCGCCAUCAUGGGCUCGCCGCGCGGCACCUCGGCGAUGACGCCUGCUACGCCAUGUUCAUGAACCGUCGCGACGAUGGUGGUCACCAGGGCGGCGGCUUCCACCCGCCGCUCCGCGUGUACCCGGCACCUCUGCCGCCGUCAAGCCCGUUCGUUGGUGGCCGCCCGUCGCCGUUGGUGCAGGCGGUGGACGACCCGGAGAAGCUGUGGCUGGCGAACCAACUCCGCGGCCUGCUCAUCGAGGACGCGCCGACUGCGCCGGAGGGCAUGCCGACCCCGCCCGUCAACAACAUCCCGGCAGAUGUCUCUGCGGCGCAUGGUUCCUACUAUGGCUAUCACUUUGGGGCGGCGGGUUCCUCGGUUCAUGGCGAAACCCUGUUCGCUGAUCAGGCCAGGGCGGCAGGCCAUGUCCCGCUGCCGCCGCACCCCUUCGGAGUGGACGUCGGCCUGGGCGGCCACGGCCUCUUCCCUGCAAACUUGGACGCCAGUAUGGGUGGUUUCGUGUACAACAGGACAGGCACUGGCACUGGCAUUGGUCAGGGACAGGGAUUGGUGCACCCUGGUCAUGGUCAGGCCGAGCCGUUUAUGCUUCCUGCAGGGCAGGCUGGCGCAGAACACAAUUGGGGGUAUGUUAGUACUAGUCCGAUUGCCCUCGACCACCGUGGAGGACCAGUCCGUUCACCCAAAUUGCACUGUGAGUACGGUGUACCUGUGACUGGGAAUCGAUACAUGAACAUGAAAGAUGGUUUCAGUCCGAUGGAGCAGAUGGAGGCAUUUCGUUGCGAGGAGAGUCAGGUUUUCGAUGCGAAGAAGAACAUGCCUUUUCUGAAUCGUGGGAAGGAGAGGAGAUUUCAGCAGCAUGUCAACAACAGAGCACUGGAGCUGGAGAGUCCUAGGAUGCUGAGGUAUGAGAACAUGGUUGGAGUUAAGGGCUACAUCUACUUCAUGGCCAAGGACCAGAAUGGGUGCCGGUUCUUGCAGCAGAAGUUUGAGGAAGGCAAACAACACGUGGAUGCGAUUUUUGAAGGAAUCAUCAACCACAUUGCAGAGCUUAUGACCAACUCUUUUGCUAACUAUCUCGUACAGAAGCUGCUGGAUGUGUGUGAUGAGGAGCAGAGGCUGAGGAUCAUUGCUGUACUGACUGAGGACCCUGUGAAGCUGCUGAGAAUCUCCCUGAACACCCAUGGGACAAGGGCAGUACAGAAAUUGAUAGAGACUGUUAAGAUUAGGAAGCAGAUAGUGCUUAUUAUUUCGGCAAUACAACCAGGCUUCAUGCAUCUCGUCAAUGACCUUAAUGGGAAUCAUGUCAUACAAAAAUGUCUGACAAACUUUGGUGUGGAGGAGAACAAGUUCAUAUUUGAGGCUGCUGCAGCUCAUUGUUUUGAAAUGGCAAUACAUCGCCAUGGCUGCUGUGUUUUACAAAAAUGCAUAACUAGUGCACGUGGUGAAUAUCAGGCCAAGCUAAUAGUGGAAGUGUGUGCUCAUGCUUUUCAGCUUGCUCAAGAUCCAUUUGGCAAUUAUGUUGUCCAGUAUGUCCUCGACCAGAAAAUUCCUUCUGCAAAUGCACACCUGGCAGCUCAGUUUGAAGGAAAUUAUGUUUACCUCUCAAAGCAAAAGGUGAGCAGCAAUGUGGUGGAAAAAUGCCUGAAGGUCUUCUCAGAUGAGGACAAAGCUGCCAUAGUGUUUGACUUAAUCUCAGUGACUCAUUUUGAACAACUGCUGCAAGACCCUUUUGCAAACUACGUAAUUCAUACUGCCCUUGUAAACAGCAGGGGCCAUCUCCAUAAUGCUCUCGUUGAAGCAAUUCGCCCUCAUGAGGAAGCCCUCCGAACCAGUCCCUGUUGUAAGAGAAUCUCUAGAGCCCUCUCUAGGAGGUGAGAGGUGUACAAUGUUUGCUACCAAAGGAACCAGUGUUGUUGUCAUUUAUGUUCACUAGCUGUUUACUAUAAUGUAACUGCCCCACGUCCUUCGGAGUUCAGAAGGUGGUUUUGGUUGCAAGAAGGUUCGACCUAUCGUCAGCUUGUAGAAUUUCCAAGGUGUUGCCAUUCGUGAUGUAGUUUUGCUGCGUGCCUAUCCUGAUGGUGAUGGUGUAGAGUUGUAAAGAAACGUGUGCUUUCCGAAUUGUCAAUUUUGUAUCUGCUGUAUUGUUUCCCUUUGGAUUGUGUGAGCGGAAAAUAAUAAGUAAUAUUGGACAAGUUGCUAUACAUGUUGCUUUGUCAUUGCAACUUACUUGAA